AUGCGGCUUCGCAACAACCUCAUCCUCGGCCUAUCAGCCCUAGCCGGCAAAACAACUGGCCAACUCGAAUUCGACUGGGAUUCCGUAACACCGACCACAGAUCUCCAGUACCACGAUUGCUUCAGUGCUUUCAAAUGUGCCCGUCUCAAACUGCCCCUCGACUGGAAGAACACCACCGAUCCGCGAACCGUGUCCAUCGCCAUUGUCAAGCUCCCCGCCAAAGUAGCUGACAACGAUCCAACCUUUGGCGGGCCAAUCUUCACUAAUCCCGGUGGCCCAGGCGGUUCAGGUGUAAGCUUAGUCGUCGGUAGGGGCCGCUACCUCCAGGACUAUGUCGACACGCCCGGCAAGAAACACUACGAGAUAAUCUCCUUUGACCCUCGUGGCAUUGCGAACAGCGCACCACUGGCGAAUUGCUACCCGGGGAGUAGUCUCGCCCGAGAUGGGUGGAUGCUGGAGCGAAGGGGAAACGGAGGCUUAGAUCAGGGACUGACGACAGUGUCUUAUGCGCUGGCAAUGUUUGACUCUUUUGGGAAGAGGUGUGAAAAGGCUGACGCAGAAGGGUUAAAUGGCGGCGAGAUUUUCAAGUACAUGGGCACGCCGUCUGUUGCAAGAGACAUGGUUGCCAUGGUGGAUAGCAUUGCUGCGCUGAGGAAGAGGGAGGCCGGUGGUGAUGAGAGGAGCGAGUUGAAGAAGAGGGAGGAGGAGGAUGUUCCGAGAUUGCAGUACAUUGGGUUCUCGUACGGUACUAUUCUGGGGAAUUACUUUUCCUCCUUGUUCCCGGAACGUAUUGGACGGGUGAUUCUGGAUGGCGUUUGCAAUGCAGAUGACUAUGCAACUGGAGCGGGCUGGUUAACAAACACGGUUGACUCCGACGAAAUAUUCGACAACUUCAUCGAAGGAUGCUUCAAAGCCGGCCACAAAGUAUGCGCUCUGGGUCGGCCAGACGACAAAUCCGCAUCCGAUAUCAGCCGCCGUUUCUGGACCUGGCUCAAACAACUUGACGAAUCACCCAUCUCAGGAGUCGGCCCAGCAGGUGCAUCUCUCGUCCUCACCGGCGAAGAUAUCCGCGUCCUCAUCGCACAAGCCGUCUAUACACCCGUCAGAAGCUUCAUCCAACUCGCUGAACUGCUCAACAACGCAAUGGCCCGCCAAAACUACGAGACAAUCUUUGCUGUCAUCGAAGCCAGUCUCGGCGGGCCUCUCCAAGACGCAUGUCCCGUCGCUAACCAAACUGCCAAACCGUUCCAGAGCAACGACGCCCAAACAGGAGUCAUCUGCCUCGAUGGCGAGGGCAUCCAUGGCAAAAAACCAUCCUGGUGGACGCGCUACGUCGCCAAGCAGGUCUCCCAGUCCACCAUCUUCGGCAGCUACUGGUCCGGUAUUCGGAUCCCCUGCUCGGGCUGGCGCUUCAAACCGAGCUGGUCGUUCCACGGGCCGUUUACUAGCCCCAAACCAUCUAAGACGGGGGAGAAGCCUGUCAAGGGAAGGCCAGCUGCGCCGAUUAUGUUCCUGACGAAUCGGUUGGAUCCUGUGACGCCGUUGUCUGCGGCGCGGGCUAUGGCGGCGAAGCAUCCUGGUGCGAGGGUCGUUGUGCAGGAGGCGAUGGGGCAUUGUGCUACGUUUUCGGCGUAUAGUGAGUGCACGAAGAGGGUUGUUGCGGAGUAUUUUGAUACGGGGAGGUUGCCGGAUGGGGAGAAGAGGUGUGGUGAUGUUAGGUGCGGGCCGUGGGAUGUUGGUUGUGAGGUUGGUGCGGCGGAUGAGGGGGGUGAGAAGUGGUUUAGGAGGCAGUUUCCUUUGGGGAUUUGA